AUGGUUGAUGCAGAAAAAAUUCCCAAUAAAUCUGUAUUUUCUAUCGAUGGUGAAGAAUUGGAUUUUGUAACUGGUAUCCCUUACAAAAUUUCAAACAAGAAAAAUUAUAUAGAUAAUUGGGAUGGCGAUCAUGGUUCACAACCUUGCCUUUCUUCUGAAAAUCAUCCUCCAGAUCAUCCCAAAUAUUUACGACAGUUAUGGGUCUUUAAAGAAUCUUCACAUUCAAGAAAAUAUAAAAUAUUAUCUAUUGGAAACAGAAAUUAUUUAGAUAGUUGGGGAGGUCGUAAUGAAGCGAAACUAUAUAUGAAUUCGACUAAUUAUCCUUCACAAAAUCCCUGUUAUUUAAGGCAACUGUGGUCAUUUCAUUCUACAAAUAAUUGGUUAUUUCAUUCGAAAGAAUCGCAAAUACAGAUACAUAAUGAAAAUAAUAAUUGUUUUUUGGAUACUUGGGGUAAAAGCUCCUAUAUUUAUUUCUGUUCUAAUUUUAACUCGCCGUUUUCUGAAAAUUUUUCAAAUCAAGUAUGGAAGUUUAUCCGAACUUCUGAUUACGAAUUAAAUGCCGCGAUUAGCAACUUUAAUUUUUCUUCAGAUACCAAAUGCGUGCAAAUUACAAAAAACAUUCGUAAAGAUACUCUGGAUAAUCUAGCAUCUUCAGCAAAACUUACCACCACUUUUAAUUUACAAGAAGAAUUCACUAAUACAUAUAAAUUUAGAUUUAAUGAAUCUCUCGAUUUUAUUUCAGAAACUAAAUUAAUUUUUGUUAUUCCUUUUAUGGAUAUUGAAAAGGAAUUAAAUUUUAAAUAUAGUUUUGAAGCUAAUAAACCAAUUACAACCAUAACAAAAGAAACGUGUACUAUAAACAAAACAGUUGAAGUACCACCUAAAUCACGUGUGGAAAUUACAGAUUUUGCUGAUUUUAGGAAAUCUGUUGAAAUGACUUUUAAAGCUACUGUAGAGGUAACAGCCACAGGUGAUCGUUACAAAAAUGAUGGUUCAAUAAUCAAAAAUACUAAAGUUGAUGCAGAUGCUGUAAAUUUAUUUUUGAAGGAAAAUAAUUUUCAAGGAAAAAUAAUCAGUUCUGAAGGGAAUUCUGUUAUAGCUGAAGUACAUGGCACAUUCAGUGGCUCAUACGUUACAAAGACACAUAGAAAAUUAGAAGACGUAAAUAUUUAA